AUGUGGGUUGCGUCUGGUGUUCUGAGCUACGGGAAUCUUGGUGAUAUCAGAAGAUACAACUACGAUAUAAGUAAUGUCACUGGGAAAGACAAUGGCUUUGUGUCAACAGAUUUUCAGAAGCAGGAUGAGUUAUUCAAGAUGACUAGUCACAAAUCCGUUCUUACACUUCAUCAACUCGAGAGAUCUCUAGUACCAUCAUGGUCAUUUGAUGAGGUCUUUGGCACUCAAGAAUGGCCUGCGGCAACGGAAGGAGAUGUUCAAGAACCGUCUUGGAGAAACAGCAACGUCGGUCAAGAUUGGCUUCAAGAGUCAUCAUCUUCUACGUCAAACACAUUUGGAGACUUCUCGUUCGAUGAGGAUCUUCCUUUGUCAACAGAACUUUUCGACAACAUUCAACAAGACAACAACCAAGUGCUUCAGCCAACAGAGCAAUCUCUAGUCCAAUCGACGCCGGUUCAAGAUUCGUUCGGACAGAUCGAUUGGUCUGCAAUGGCGAGAAGCAUCUCCGGUAUGCUUGAUCAACCGGAGCAAUAUCUACCACGGUCUGCAAUGGCGAGGCACGACAAGAAUCAAGGUUUGCUUCAACGUGAGCCAACUUCUACGUCAAACACAUUCGGAGAGUAUCUUCCUUUGUCAACAGAACUUUUCAGUAACACUCAAAGUCACUGGUCUGCGGGUACAACUCAAGAACAGAGGAUUAACGAUCAACAUUUGCCUGUGAGUACUCAAGUGGUUCAGACCCAGAAACCUACGAGUACGAGGUCGAUCAGAGAAGUGAUUACCAUUCCAGAUUCACCUGAGAGUAGCAGCAACAAACGGGCGAAGAAUCUUUUGAGAAUUAUGGUGUUGUCAUUUCCCGUUAAGGAUACACCUGCGAUGAAGUUUCCUGUGGAGGUGAACUCCAGCGAGAACGUUGAAGUACUGAGGACAGAGCUGGCUAAGAUGCAGCAGAGGUUUCAGUUACUUUUGCCUGAAGGAGGGUACUUCUUUAUUCACAAAACACAAGUUUUAAACGAGACGCAGUCAUUCCGUUGGAACCGUGUUGCUCAGGGAGAUACAAUUGAGAUUUUCCCAGGAAGUGUUACCGUUGACCAACGUAUGAAUACUCGAGGAUGA